UCCACCUCGCCAGGAUUCUGGGCUGGGAGGCCAGGGUAGAGACCGGCUGAGGUUUGGAGCAGCUGCUUCGGGGGCGGAAAGUCACGUGAGACUUCUUGGUCCUGUGGGUGGAGACGAAAAGCUGCGGUUAAGGAGGGUCGGAUUUAACCGUCACAGGGAAGUGCGCUCAAACGGAAUCGCGGAGUGGGCUGAGGCUCGGGCCACCUCACCUGACCGAGGUUUCCCCUAAGAUGUUAGUCCUUGGAACAUCUCCAUGCUAAGUGAAUUCCUAAGAAGAAAAUAAUGGAUUUCAUAUUAGUUGUACCCUAAGUGUUUGGACUCAGCAUUGUGCAGGUUUGCUGCAAGGGCUAAAAGAAGAUGGCAACUCCUUAUGUCCCAGUUCCUAUGCCCAUAGGGAACUCUUCUUCCAGUUUUACAACCAACAGAAACCAAAGAAGUUCUUCUUUUGGGAGUAUCUCAACAAGCUCAAACUCUUCCAAAGGCCAGUUAGAGGACUCAAAUAUGGGUAAUUUUAAACAGACAAGUGUACCCGAUCAAAUGGAUAGUACUUCAUCUGUCUGUAGCAGUCCCCUCAUUAGGACUAAAUUUACAGGUGCAGAUUCUUCCAUUGAGUAUUCUGCUAGACCAAGAGAAAGUGAAGAACAAAAUCCUGAAACAGUAUAUUUGGAAGAUAGACCUUCUACACCUACUAUACUGGGUUAUGAAGUGAUGGAAGAAAGAGCUAAAUUUACCGUAUAUAAAAUACUAGUAAAGAAAACCCCAGAAGAAAGUUGGGUAGUUUUCAGAAGAUACACUGACUUCUCUAGACUUAAUGAUAAAUUAAAAGAGAUGUUUCCAGGCUUUCGAUUAGCGCUUCCACCAAAACGCUGGUUCAAAGAUAAUUACAAUGCUGACUUUUUAGAAGAUAGACAACUAGGAUUACAAGCAUUUCUUCAAAAUUUAGUGGCUCACAAGGACAUUGCUAACUGCCAAAUGGAAGCAAAAGUAUUAAAGAUUGAAUAUGGAGGAGAGAUUACGGGCUAUAUUGAACCUGUCAGUGAACAAGGAGGAAAAAAGAGUAAGACUUUUUUCUUAAAAAUUGACUUCUAUUUAGUUUAUAGACCGUUUAAUAAUAGACUCUUUGGUAUUUAUAUUUUAUUUGAAUUCACUUGAUUUGUUUAUAAAUUAUACAUUGAUAAUAUGUAGGAAAACACUGAGCAGAAUCAUGGCACACAUAGGCAGUCAAAUAUUUGCCAAAUCUUAAUAAAGUUCUCUAUCAGUGAUUCUCAAGCAAGGGUAAAGGUUUUCUUUUCUAGGGGGGAAAAAUGUAUCAGAAUGUUAGUGAAAGAAAUUGUUUUCUCAGACACUACUAUCUCCCAGAGAUUCUUUUGUGUCCCUCUCCUGUGGGAAUAGAGUUUGAACAUAUUGACUCUCUUCCUCCGUCACCUGAAUCCUGUUGAAACCAAGGAAAUGUAGUGAACCCCUGAGAAAGUAUUUUAUAAAUCAAAGUGGUAUAGCCAGUUUUAAAUUUCAUUCUUAUGUUACAGAUUAAAGAAGGUAAGGCAUGGAAUGUGACCUUGAACUAAAUUGGAAAAAAACUUAGGGAAUCCAUUGGAUUUUGUUUGAGUAGCACUCUAGUGAGCCAUAUAGAUCACAAAGAUUUUUCUCUUUUUACUGGAGUAUAUACUGAUACACAAUAUCCCAUUAGUUUCAAGUGUACAUCAUAGUGAAUCAGUAUUUUUAUACAUUAUGAAAUGAUUCCCACAAAAAGUCUAGUUACCAUCUGUCACUACAAAGUUAUUGCAAUGUUACUGACUAUAUUCCCUAUGCUAUAUAUUAGGUGAAGGGGAUUAAGAGCUACAAACUUCUAGUUAUAAAACAAGUAAGUCAUGGGGAGGUAAUAUAGAUCAUAAAGAUGUUUAGAGAAGGAGAAUGAAAUAGAAGAGCCACUCCAAAAACGAUUCCUACAGCUGGGUACAUUGUCAACAUCAUUGUUGCUCUGGGGCUAAAUUUCUACUAUAAGUCAAAGGUAUAAAAAGAGAUACAUAUAUUCCUUUAACUACUUUUUCUUUCCUAGCAGCGGCAUUUCAAUAAUUAAUUUGCUAACAUAAAAAUGUUACUAAAGAAUGAGGAAGUCUGGGUAUAAACCUAUAAGAGAACAAUGUCUCACAUUGGGUUAUCAUACACUGAAAGUAUUAAAAAGAAAAAAAGACCCUUCUAUAAACGUUUUUGCACUUUCUUUAUCAAUCUUAAAAGCUGUUCUCAGGGUUUCAACAGAUUUUUGACCUCUCAAUCCCAAGAUCAGUUUAUUUCCUGUGGCUCAUUUUUUGCCUAAUAGUUGGUUCUGUAGUAAUGGGUGGAUAAAAGUAUAAUAGCUAAACCAAAAGAAUGUGUGGUGGUCCUAUUCUUCUCUGUGCUCUUAGACCAACUGCAGUAGUCUAGAGGCCUUGGUUAAAGGAUACAGACAAGUUGAAUGUUUUCUGAGGGAAGUGACCAGCAAGGGGAAAGGAUCCAGAUGAACCAAAAUAUAACAGAAAUGAAUUUAAAAGUAGAAAAAGGCACAUAUUUUCACUCAGAAGACAGAUUUAAGGUCUUGCUCUACCCCUUGCACUUGUAACCUUGUAUGGGUCAUUUUAACUCUCUGAACUUUGGUAUCAUUUGUAAAAUGGAAAUGUAAUGCCUGUCUUUACCUCACAUGAUUAUUGUGAAAAUUAAAUGAAAUAGGAUAUAUAAAAGCCCUGUAUGUGCAAUGUACUUUAAAAAGAUGAAAAGUGAUAACUGUGUGGGGUAAUAGAUAUGUUAAUAGCUUGAUUGUAGUUCACAUUUCACAAUAUAUACUUCAAUCAAGUUGUACACCUUAAAUAUAUACAAUUCUUAAUUGUCAGUUAUACCUCAGUAAAACUGGGGGAAAAAUGUUGGCUCCAUGAGUGCAGAGACCAUACAGGCUUUAGGUACGCAAUAAAUUUUGUUACAGGAUAAAAAAAAAAAGAAAAUAUUAGUAUAUUAGUAUUGCUUUGGGGGACUAUAAGGCAAGGGGAAAUACAACAUUUUCAGCGUGCUCUUAGGGUUAUAAUGUGAAAGAGGACUUAGAUUUGCCCUGAAUGGCUCAAAAGCAAAUUGAGAUUCGUGAGCAGAAGCUUCAGGGAGAAGAAUUUCAGCUCAGUAGAAGAAAUAAUUCUCUAAUUUUCCGUAUUUUUCAAACAUAAGAUGGUUUAUUCUAAGAAGUACAACAUUCCCUAUUCCUGGAGGUGUUUAGGUCUACUCUUGGCUGAACACAUGAAAAGGUUAAAAAGCAUACUGUGGAUCACAUUUUAUAAAAAGCAACUAGAUCACAUUUAAGAUCCUUUCCAUCUCUAUUAUCUCAUGAUUAUGAAUACUCAGGUUUUUUCUGUUUCCCUGAAUCUGUAUCCUUUAUUACCUGUAUUGUCAAGAUUUUAUCGUCCACAGAUUUACUCCUCUUUGUUCUGUCUUUGCGGUUUUCUGGAUUGAUUUCUUAACACCACUUCUCUAUAAUAAUUCACAUUAUUUUCACUUUUGGAAAGGUUUCACUGUAUAUUCCAUUUGUCUCUUCAUGACCAUCCCCUGUCAUCAUCAACCCGUCUGUCCCAAUAUGAAUCCCAGUGUAUUAUUCCCUUUUCGGCGUAGGUUGACAUCUAUACAGUACAUCAAAAUAUCAUAUUUUUAUCCUUUUAUACCUAAAAAUUUUAAGUCUCCAUAUUUGUUUUAACAUGCACACACAGUUGCCUCUCAGUCCAAAAUUGCUUUUAGAAAGGUAUUUUUGUAAAAAGGAAGUUAAGUUUUCUACUGUUUUAACCUAUUUCUGAUAAUUGUGAAAGACAAUAUCAUAUUAUAGUUGCCCCUUGAACAACACAGGUUUGAACUGCAUAGAUCCUCUCAUACACAGAUUUUUUGCAGCAUAGUACUAUAAAUGUAUUUUUCUUAUGAUUUUCUAAAUAACAUUUUCCUUUCUAGCUUACUUUAUUGUAAAAAUGCAGUAUAUAAUAUAACAUACAAUAUAUGUGUUAAUUGACCAUUUAUGUUAUAGAGAAGGCUUCCAGUCAACAGUAGGCUACUAGUAGUUAACUUUUUGGAGAGUCAAAAGUUAUGUGCAGAUUUUCAGCUGCACAGGGGUUAGCACCCCUAACCCCUGUGUGGUUGAAGGGUCAACUGUAUUUCAUUAUUUUGAGAUUUAUAGUAAUUCAGAAAUGAGGAGUUGUUCAGUGUUUUUCUCUCUUAAACUCUUUAGGGAAAAUAUUUAAGUAAAUUACUGUGAUAAACAUGAUUGCAAGAAAAAUCUUUAACUUGUUUCAGUGUAAAUACUUUUCAGUUAGUUUAGAAACAUCUCCUGACAAUGAAACAAAUGAAGUAUAAAUUAGAAAUUGUAUUUCUUCAUAACAAGAUAAUGACAUUUUUAGACUAGUUUAAAUUAAUAAUUUUGGAAGUAAUACUGUUUCUAUUCAUCGUUUAGGUUGGUCUGACCAUUAUUCUGACUUACAUUUUAUCUCCUGCAGUUCUUAUGUAGCAUGAAUUUACAAUUUCUGUGUUCAUAAGAUCUUAGAAAAUGGCUAAAAAUUCUCGUAUCUUCUAAAGAUUUUAUAUUUGUAUUUGGUUGUUUGUAUGAGAACACAUAAACCAACUUGCCGCUUUUCCUAUAUCCGCAAAACCAACUUGCUUAGAACACUGUAUAGCUUCAAAGUAACUUUUGCUCUCUGUCUUUUGUAAACUUAUUUGUACCCCAGUU